ACUAUCCAUCUUGACCGUCAAGGUGGAUGACGGACACUUGUAGAUAGGACUGGACGAUAUCUAUAUAAACUUCUUAGCUGAGGUAGGUGAAUUUAAGACUCAGCUGCAGCCUGAAUACAUCAUCUCUUGGUCUCGGUCCGAAUGGCGAAUACUGGCAACUCUGUACGAGAUUCGACAUUUCCCGAUCCAAAGAAACGUACUGGGAGUCGAUCAAGUUACGGCUCAUUCAAACGCGACCACUUCAAUGCAUCUGGUCAACCCAGUGGAUCUUUGAUCAAUGCCCCAACAGAGACUUGUUUGGGAGGAGGUUCUGAGGACGAGCAGCAUGGACUCCAGGAUCAGCUUGGACCGACCAAGAGUCGAACAAGCGUUGCUGAGCCUUCCAUCGAGAAGAAUACGAGGAAAUGGUAUCAUCCCAAAGCAUUGCUAUUACUAGCCAUCUCAAAUUGGUUCCUGAUCGGUAUUGGGAUAGCUAUAGGCUUGGCUUCGAGGUUUCCCCAGGUGGCAGCUGAAGGCGGAUAUAUCCGCUCUGAAUACUCGAUCCAAUACGGUGCACUAGCGAUCAUCUUCCUCAUUACCGGACUCACUUUGUCAACACAAAUUCUAUAUCGUCAAGUGAAAUCGUAUUCCCUACACUUGUCAACGCAAAUCAUAUCCCUUCUGGUAUUCCCGACGGUUGUUUUCAUAAUCAUUACCAUCAUUCAAUCGGCAGAUAACCCUGCGAUCGACAGAUACAUCCUUGUCGGACUAAUGGUUAUGGGCGUACUUCCCACCACCGUCGCUAGCAAUAUCACUAUGACACGCGGAGCGGAUGGCAACGUCGAAGCCGCCACUGUGGAGGUCGUCGUCGGUCAAAUUCUCGGCAUCUUUCUUUCGCCAUUGUUGCUGAACAUGUUCUUCGUGGGCUCUUCCUGGGCGUAUGGUCGACCAGUUGCCGAAGCGGGCAAAAAGGGGACGGCAGGUCUCACUGCGAUCUAUCAGCAAGUGGGCAAGCGACUUGGACUGGCUGUAUUUCUACCAACAUUUGUAGGGCAGGUGAUACAAAAUAUUGGCAACGCUAGAAAGUACAUCAAAUGGGCCACGACACACUUGCAUCUGCCGAAGAUCGCCACAUUCAUGCUGCUGUUGAUCAUCUGGUCCGCCUUUUCCAACCAAUUCAAGAAUCACGCCUUCGAAUCGAUAUCACCUCAAUCCGUCAUUCUCGUCUGUUUCUUCAACCUUUCCCUGUACCUUUGUAUGACCCUUGCUGUCCUAUACAUUUGUCGAUUACCCUAUUUGACAAGAUCAAUCACUCAUCCUCCCAUGGCCUCUGCCCGGUGGCGGCGAAAGCUCGCCAACUUUAUCCUUCAUUAUCGAUUUGCCAAACCGGAGACAACGGCCAUUUGCUUUUGUGCGCCGGCUAAAGGUCUAACGGUCGGCUCUCCGAUCCUAAAUAUCCUUUAUGCUGGCUUUCCGGAAGACAAGAGGGCGAUCAUCUCCAUUCCCAUCGUCAUUUACCAGGGUCAACAAGUCGCUGCUGCACAGAUCCUGACGUACCUUUUCAAACGAUGGAACGCAAAGCCAGAUACACUGGUUGCAAACAAGGACCCUCCGCCAGAGCUGCCGACGUCCAGAGCUGGCACGCCAGAGCUCCAGGACCGAGCUAGCAGCGUACCGCCAUGAUGUCUCCCCUGUCAAAGACUUGCGAUUAUUUCAUCUGUGUUGUAUGAGGCAAACAUCUCAAAGCAUUCACUGUAUC